GGGACAGCACGUCGUCACGCGAUUCGCUGCAGCGCGCUCUGCCUACUAAGCCCGGGCAUGCCGUGGCGGCCGUCAGUUGCUCGACUUGGCCGAAAGGUUUGCCUGCUUGCGUAUGUGAUGUGCUGAUGGGAAUUCAUGACCAAUUUUGAGUGGAGAAUCCUCACGCAACCAUGCGCAUGUAUCAGUAGCGUAGCCAUGCCCGGAGGAAUCGCCCCUUCCGUUCUGUUACUUGUGGAAGGUUCUGAACACGGACCAGUAAGGAGUUAAAUAACUUACUACCAGCAUUUUUUGAUCGUGGCCGUGGAAUAUGCAUGAUGAGCACCGCGUGGAGAGACAAGCAGGAACACCACCUUAUCAACUUCAUUGGCGCGUUCCUGGCCGCCAACUUGUAUCGCCUAAACUUCCUGUCGAUAUCUCCUGACUUCAUCUUCAACAAUGGGGGGCUAUCAGUUGCUUUCAUCUUUGAGACGAGCUGGGAUUGUGGGAAUGCAGCUGCUGUUUUUAGCAGGGUGAAUGCAUUGAAGAGGCAGUUCAAAAAUCUCUAUGUCGUUGUCUCUGUUCCCACGGUGGAGCAAAUCGAAUCGUUUAAUCAGUCUUAUUUCAAGUAUGGCAUGGAGCUUGGCUCCCCUACAUUUGUGUCUGUUAACGAUCCAGAGAUGGGAUUUGAGAUGAUGCUCAAGAUUGCUCAUGCCCGUGGAGUAUGCAAGCAGCAGGACAUUAGCUCAACAAUGAGGAAUGAGCAGGAGCAAGCAGUUCAGUGCAUGGAUGCCUAUGUACGAGUGCUCACCUCUAUUCCUGGUAUUGAUGAUCACGAUGCCAAUAUGCUUGCCCAAGCUAUUGGCUCCAUUGAAGCAAUUGCAAAAGCAUCCGAGAGUUCUAUCCUAGAAAACACUGACCUCUCCAGGGAUAAGGCAGAGACAAUUGUCAGGUUCUUCAGGGAUCCGCAGUUCUACUUAAGCCCUAAAAUCAACUAAUUUUUGCAGGCAAAUUGAGGUCGAUUGGCUACUGAAUCUGCACUGGGACGAACUCCACCGACUGCCGAAGCCAUUGGUCCUCGUCGGCUACUGACUGCCCUGGUAGCGUUUAACGAUGCUAUGUUGCUGUAGAGUGCCACAGAUGUGUGUUUGUGAGGAUGUAGUGCAGCAACGAUGCCAUACUGCUUUUGCUUCGGAUUUUUUACUGCAAAAAAUCAGCUGGUUGGCUUAACACGGCGAUCGUUCGGACUGAUUUGCCCGACUCUUGUGCUGGAAUACUUGAACGGCAGCCCAGCCUACUCUGCAAAGAUGGCACACUGACUUACUCAAUUUGCUCAGAGCA